UCAGCCUGUUCGUCAGUACAAUAUCAGGCACUGUACUAUUUCCGUAACUAAACUCCUGAAACAGUCACCGGUAACAUCGCAUCUUGUACCAUCUUCUAAAGUUUUCCUUCUAAAACAUUCCGAGUUUCUCGUUAUUGUACUGCAGCCGUUUUUCUUGGGGAUUGCACCAUGGCUGCAGCAGCGCACAUCGCGCAUAUCAAGGUCCGUUCGCAGAAUUCCUUCCAUCUGGACGUCACCCGGGAGAUGGCCAGUCUGGAAGGUCACCUCUUCGCCCUACCCAUCCUUUUUAUUAAUCUCGGCGGCGAGAUGAUCUACGUCAUCGAGCACCGUCUACGCGCCCAGAAGCUGGAUGAUAAGCUAGAGAAAGUGAUGCAUGAUGUCAUCGGGACGAUCUUUCGACCGCGCAUCAUCGAUGAGCUGUUCAAACCGCAGCACUUACUAUCGGAAGCCUCCAUGCGGUCGCUCUUUCAGAAGCUAGCGCACGCUUCCAUUAUGAGUCUAAACCAGGAGAGUAUGGAUAAACUCUUGGAUCUGAUGUCGAUGGCGGUAAAGUACCAGAUCUUUGCCUGCUCCUAUCCGACGGAAUUAAUCUACUGUACACUGAACCAUUUGGAUUAUAUGCGCGAAAUGGUGAAAACCAUCGACUCCAUGUCAAAUUCUCUACGAAAAGUGUACAGCUACAUCGAUAAGACGUACUGCCGCAUGGACACGCAGAACCUGGUCUUAUUGCGCAACACCAUUCUGCGGUACUUCCAAGACCGGAAGACCCGCCUCUCGGUAUUCCUCAGCAACGGGAUUCAGCGGGAGAUCGACGGGGUCCUGAAAGUCCCUCGGGAAUUCCAAAUCUCCCCCACCAGCCACGUCCAUCUCCCGGGGACGGUGACCUACUUCAAGACCGUCAAGGGCGUCAUGUCUACCGAGACGUCGGAGAACCGCACCGAGCAUUUUCAUCCGGGCGGGCACUUCACCAUGGCACCGCCCAUCACCCAGACGACCAUCUUCGACACGCCGUUGGGCCACCGCGGUACCACGCUGGGGAUGAAUAUCUUCGCGGCGUACAAAGGCAUCAACGUGACCGCGCCCGCAGCAGCCCUGCCAGCGGCCGCUCGCCGCCUGUCCGCGCAACAGCCGCCGUCGGCUGCCGCGGCGGAGAUAGCGGCGACCCGGGAGGCCACCGGGGCGGCGGAGGUGGACAUGCUGGCGCGGAUACUGGGCGGGAUCACGGAUAUUGAUGAGAAGCGGGUGAUGAAUUUUGAGCUGGAUUUCUUGGAGGAGGAUGCCGACGGGGUGGCGGGUGGUCUGCCGGCCGAGUACAAUCUGCCGCCGUUGACGCUGCCGGUAAAGCGCAUAGCUGUGGCGGAAAUGAAGAAAGUUGAACUGAGUAAGAAUAAAAUGGCGGAUAUUGAUAUCGGUGUGGCUGCGCCGGUGGGGAAGGAUGAUGCGGAACAGAAGCCGGAUGAAAUGGAUAUUUUAGCGCUCAUGGAUAACGCCGCCGGCAAAUAAAGAAUAGAUAGGGUAUAUCAAAGUAUUGUACAUACAGAUAACUACGGCAAAAUGCAGCUAUGUUUUAAUUCGGCAAAAAUGUACAGCAGUGAUUUCUUAUUUGUAAGUUAAGUAGCAUCCAAAAUUAUUCUACAGAGUGAUCUUCGCAAAAACUAAAAAGCUUGCACGUAUAUCUGUAGUGCAGCUCAUUCUCCUGCCUUUUUUCUUUUAAUUUUAUUAUUUUAUUGUAAAAAUGCUUCUAUGUACAGUACAGCUAAAGAUUUAAAGAACAAUAUUGAUUAUUGUACUAUUGUACCGAACUAGAUCAAUUUUAUGUACUGUAUGUACGUAAUACAGCAGGCUGGUAAGUGGUAACCAAUACUUCAAACGCUGCACUAC